GACGAUGUGUCGGUUUAAGUGCGAUCACCGCAAAUUUUCCCCAUCGAAAACCGAUAAAGGGUAGAUCAAAGCGUACUUUUCACUCUCUCUCUCUCUCUGCGCUGGGGUUAGGGUUCCUUUUUGCGAUAAUCUCCGCAAAAGCAAAUACCGAGUUGCUAAUUGAGCCUGUGUUGUUGAAUCGAUUCUACUUCAGAGUUUGAUAGUUGAGGUUUCUUAUCUGUGUUAUCGAACAUGGCUACUGCAUCAGUGGCAUUCAAGUCGCGGGAGGAUCAUAGGAAGCAGUUAGAGUUAGAGGAGGCACGUAAAGCAGGGCUUGCUCCAGCUGAAGUAGAUGAGGAUGGAAAGGAAAUUAACCCCCAUAUUCCUCAGUAUAUGUCAUCUGCGCCAUGGUACCUUAAUGCUGAGAGACCUAGCUUAAAACAUCAAAGGAAAUGGAAAUCUGAUCCAAAUUACACAAAGUCAUGGUACGAUAGAGGUGCUAAAAUAUUUCAAGCAGAUAAGUUCCGGAAGGGAGCAUGUGAAAACUGUGGAGCAAUGACACAUGAUUCAAAGUCUUGCAUGGAGAGGCCUAGAAAGAAAGGUGCAAAAUGGACGAACAUGAAUAUUGCUCCUGAUGAAAAAAUAGAGACUUUUGAACUAGAUUAUGAUGGUAAAAGAGAUCGAUGGAAUGGUUAUGAUGCUGCAACAUAUGCUCGCGUCAUAGAGAGAUAUGAGGCACGGGAUGAAGCUAGAAGGAAAUACGUAAAAGAACAACAACUGAAAAAAUUGGAGGAGAAGAAUAGUAAGCACAAUGGGGAGGAUGAGGUUAGUGAUGAAGAAGAUGAUGAUGAUGCUCUGAAGGUUGAUGAAGCUAAGGUUGAUGAGAGCAAGCAGAUGGACUUCGCAAAGGUUGAGAAGCGUGUCCGCACUACAGGUGGUGGAAGCACUGGAACUGUCAGGAAUUUGCGUAUUCGAGAGGACACAGCAAAAUAUCUUCUGAAUCUUGAUGUCAAUUCUGCUUAUUAUGAUCCAAAGACGCGGUCUAUGCGUGAAGAUCCUCUGCCUGAUGCUGAUCCUCACGAGAAAUUCUAUGAAGGAGAUAAUCAAUAUAGAAUGAGUGGGCAAGCAUUGGAGUUCAAGCAACUCAAUAUUCAUGCAUGGGAGGCAUUUGACAAGGGCCAAGACAUCCACAUGCAGGCUGCCCCAUCUCAAGCUGAAUUAUUGUUCAAGAAUUAUAAGGUGAUUAAGGAGAAGUUAAAGUCGCGGGUGAAAGACACAAUCAUGGAGAAGUAUGGUAAUGCAGCAACUGAAGAAGAGAUGCCAAGGGAGCUUCUACUAGGGCAAAGCGAGAGGCUGGUGGAGUAUGAUCGAGCUGGAAGAGUUAUAAAAGGCCUGGAAACAUCUCUACCGAAAAGCAAGUAUGAAGAAGAUGUUUACAUCAAUAACCACACUACCGUUUGGGGUUCGUGGUGGAAGGAUCACCAGUGGGGCUACAAAUGUUGUAAGCAAACAAUUCGGAAUAGUUACUGCACUGGUGUUGCAGGAAUAGAAGCGGCUGAAGCAGCAACAGACCUAAUGAAGGCCAAUGUUGCACGCAAGGCAGCUUCUGAAGAGGCACCUGCUCCCGUGGAGGAGAAAAGGCUUGCUACCUGGGGAACUGAGGUGCCGGAUGACUUGGUUCUUGACCAGAAAAAACUUGCGGAGGCACUUAAGAAGGAAGAUGAGAAAAGGAGAGAAGAGAAGGAUGAAAGGAAGCGCAAAUAUAAUGUUAGGUGGAAUGAUGAGGUUACUGCUGAGGAGAUGGAGGCUUAUAGGAUGAAAAAGAUACAUCACGAUGACCCCAUGAAGGACUUUCUGAACUAAUGCUGAUCAUGCUGUGUUUGGGAACGCGGUGGCAUGCUGAAACUGCCUAAUUGGCAUCUUUAUUUUUGCUUUUAGAAUAUGAUGUGUUUUGUACUCUGUAUAGUAUGUAAAACAAGUACGAGAGAUCUGGCUCUGGGCAGUAGUCCCUCUUGACCAAUUUCUGUAAGUAAAAAAAAAAAAAAAACAAAGUAGUCCCAGAGUUAAUGAUAGUUACCCAAAAUUUCUAUCAGAAGUUAAUAUAUUUCUUUUGAAAA